CCGUCACUGAAGACAGUGUCAGUAUGUGUUUCUUUAAUCUCUGUGUCAGGUUGGAUUAAGAUGAUGUCCUUUUCCCAGAUAAAGCUAUGAGGGAGAGACCGAGACAGAGAGAGUGAAACAUGGAGUUCUUGGAGAUGCUCCUCCUCUUCCUUUGUCUCCUGAUUCUGAAAAGAAAUGAUAUGUAAAUAGAUAUAAGGUGUCGAUGCAAGAUGGAUUUUCAGGAGUCUACUAGGAUUGUUUUCGAUAGGGUCCAGAAGCUAGAGCCGGAGAAUGUGAGGAAGAUCAUAGGCUAUCUCCUCAUACAAGACCAGUGCGACAAAGAGAUGAUCAGGUUAGCUUUGGGCCCGGACAAGUUAAUUCAGGAUAUCAUACACAAAGCUAAAACCGAACUCCAGCAGUUGGCGCUUACAUCAUCAUCUCCCCCCAUAUCACCAUCCAUGAACCAAGUGCCGUCGGAGCAUCCGAUGCAUUUCUUGCCUCUAAAUCCCGUGGCUUUUCAGCAUGUACCAUCAGCCUUCGGGGUUCCAUCUCCUUACUGGGGUCGACAGGUGGUAACCAAGCAUCAAUCAGAUUAUAUGCCGUUGGGGUAUCCAGACUCGAUCUCUGAAGUCCCAAACGAGGCACGCUUCCUGGGUUUCGACGAACCAAUGGAGCAACUCAACCUAGGGCUCACAGAGUUCUCGAAUGAAUGCUACUUUGAAGAUACUGCAUUAGGCAAUUUUAGCGCAAGACCAAGCCAUCAUCAUCAUAUGAGCAUGCCUGAAUUCCCAGUUAAGACUUGCCACUACUUCAACAAGGGCUAUUGCAAGCACGGGAACAACUGUAGGUAUUUACACGAGCAAGUUUUCUGGACGGCUUCUUCUUCAAGGGCAAACGAUGAGGACCAAGUUUUCUCAUCAGGGUCACUCGAGAAGUUAGAGCUGGAAAUUAUCGAGAUACUGAAAUCGAGGAGAGGGAAUCCUCUUUCAAUUGCUUCUUUGCCUAUGAUAUACUACGAGAAGUACGGCAAAGUUCUUCAGGCAGAAGGGUAUCUUACUGAGAGCCAGAGACACGGUAAAGCUGGUCAUAGUUUGACCAGACUUCUUUCCAGACUGGGCAGUAUUUGCCUGAUUGACAGACCUCAUGGGCAGCAUGCUGUAAUUUUAGCUGAAGAUGCAGCCAAGUUUAUGGAAUCUCGGAAUGAGAAAGGCGACCCUGGUCUAGUCCACAGUAAAUCACGGCAGAUAUAUCUAACAUUUCCUGCGGAGAGCUCGUUUACUGAAGAAGAUGUUUCCAACUACUUCAACACUUUUGGGCCAGUUGAAGACGUGAGGAUCCCCUGCCAGCACAAGCGAAUGUUUGGGUUCGUAACAUUUGUCAAUUCAGAUACCGUGCAAAUGAUUUUGGCAAAAGGAAAUCCUCAUUUUGUUUGUGGGGCUCGUGUUCUUGUAAAACCAUACAAAGAAAAGUCGAAGCUCAUUGACAGGAAAUACCAUGAAGGUUAUGAGUCUCCAUUUCAUCACAUGUCACAUUACUCUGCCAUGGAUUCCAGGCUUCACUCAAUGGCAAGAGGAUGUAGAGGCUCGAAAUUCCUCCAGAACCAGAUUAUGGAAGACAAUGACCAGGUUCUUGAAUUUGAAAGGAUGCGGCUGGCCAAGUUGCAAUUAGCAAGUAAAACUCCAGGGAAUCAGGCUUACAUCGUCGACUCGAUGGAUAGGUUUAAAAUCUCAGAAGAUCGGUUGGACAUUUCAUCAACAGAGUGUCUCCAUUAUUUGAUGGAUGUUCUGAAUAAUGGCUCCAUAGUAGGCGACAAAAGUAGGCCUUCAGAAACCAAUUACGAUUACGAUCAGGACAGUCAAGGACUUCAUCUCCCGGAGAGCCCGUUCGCCGCUCAUAUUGCAAAUAGCAUCUCGACACUGAUUUAGGAUUCAUCCUGCAUCUGGACAGGACAAGCCAUAGGAUACGGAUUAGACGCACAUGAACGAUUCUCUUGUACAUAGCCUCGUAGUUUACUGGCUCAUGGAGUACAUAGGAAGCAACGAAAACAUUAGCCCUGUUCUUGGGUUGAAGCAGCAGCAGGGAAUACAUAGAAGUACUAUACCGAAGGUUGAGGAAGUUUUUCUUUUUCUUCAGUCUGUUCACUGAGAAUAAGUGUUUAUGUCGCCGUAAGAGACAAUACAAAGGUUUUUUUUUUUUUUUUUUUUUUUUUUUUUUGUGGAAAAAGAAUGAAUGUUGAGUAAAAUUUGUCAUCAUUGACAAAUAACAAGAAAUUUGACGAAUUAUGCACCUUAUUAUUAUAGUAGUUUA